GAGCAUUAACUGAACCUAAAACUCCAACAGGAGAAACACCGACAACAGACUCACUCACCGGCUACAGACUGCACGAGUUUCUCCCGCCAAAUUUACCUUAACCAAUGGGAUCUCGAGCUGCUGCUAGAGGGGAGCAGGUGCCAGAAUGAAUGGGGGAGUAGCUACAUGUGUAGAAGAAAAUCAAACUGAAACUGAGGAUCUAGUAAUGCUACACGCAAAGCAAAUAUGUGAGGCUGCAUUUGAACAGGAUGAUGAUGAUGAUGAUGAUGAUGUAGAGGAGGAAUUUGCUCAUCCCAUUCCUUGGCAAAAGAUUGAGGCAGAGGGACUGGACUGCGAUUAUAGUUUACUGUUCUCCAAACAGGAGGCAGACAGGCUCUUCAAUCAGCUGGAGGUGGAGGUGGAGUACUUUACAGGUGAUGAAGCUCAGGUGCAGGUUUAUGGGAAGCUGUACAAUGUUCCCAGACAGCAGGCAACCUAUGGGGAUGAAGGACUGAUGUACUCUUUCUCUGGGGUACAUCUUCUAGCCAGACUAUGGACUCCAACCUUGGAGUAUAUCCGUGACGUCGUCACUAACGCAACAGGACAGACCUUCAACUUUGUCCUAAUAAACAGGUAUAAGGAUGGUAAUGAUCAUAUAGGUGAACACAGGGACGAUGAGCGGGAGCUAGACCCCACCUGUCCCAUUGCCUCCGUGUCUCUGGGAGCAAGUCGUGAUUUCAUCUUCCGACACAAAGAUGCCCGGAGCGGUUCCAACCCCAACAAACGGCAGAUCAAGCCUGUGAAGCUGGAGCUGGCUCACGGAAGUCUGCUGCUCAUGAACGCUCCAACCAACAGGCACUGGUAUCACAGCCUGCCGGUCAGGAAGAAGGUGAAAACGCCACGCAUCAACCUCACCUUCAGACGCAUCAUUAAGACUCGAGUGAAGAAGUGACUUUAUGAUGUCAUGUUGUAUUCUUUUACUUUUCUGUGAAAUGUCAUCAUGUUUUGUUGUCAUCAACAUGCCAUCCAGCUCCACAUGGGUUUUGUUAAGUUGAUUGUCAUUUAUUCUCUGACACUAAUGAUUAUUUAUAUGUGCCCUAUAAAAAAAAUCUGUAUUAUACAGUCUUUGUGAUGUAAACUAGUCAGUUUGUGUGGGUUUUUGUAGAGAAAAUGACUGACUUGUUUUUCUCAGCAGUGUGGUGAUGGAAUGAGCCGGUUAAUGUUACUCCAUUACAGUACCAUUUAAAGCAGAAAUCCAGUGUAAAACGCAUUAAGUCACAAGUCGACUGACGAGCACAGAUACGUAGGGCAGGGGAACAGAUUGCAAAAUUCAUUCAGAAUUAUUCAUUCCUGCUAGAUUAUUUUGCAACCUGUUCUGUUAUCAUGACUUAAUAUUAAGAAGGCGGAGCUGGGAGAAAUACCUGAAGGUACUGUGUGUAAAAACAGUGCUUUAAAUAAACUCAUUUCACAGCU